UACCAAACCCCUCUCAUUUCUCAUCAAAGCGUUGCCGUUUCUCUCAUUCAUUCAUUCAUUACUUUGUGCAAUUGCAAUUCUCUGUUCUGAUCUCUCUCAAACCACAAUUCCUUUUUCCCCAUUCUCUGGUUAGAAAAUUUCAAUGUCGACUUCAUCAGAAUAUUCUGCGUUUUCCGCCAACAACAACAACAACAACAAAUCAUCAACGUUUUCUCAAACUUGUAAUCUAUUGAGCCAAUUCAUCAAAGACAAGGGUACUUUCGGAACUCUCUCCCUUCACAAUCCAUCCACCCUCACCCUCACACCAAAUGUGUCUCCUGAUUCAUCUUGUUCUGGAACAACAACCAUGGACUUCUUUCCAACAAAAGAAGAAGAACUUAAAACUGUAGAUUUUUUAUCUACCAGUGGAUUUAACUCUAUUGUUGCUCAAGAGACUAAAACUGCACAAUUGACUAUGUUUUAUAAUGGACAAGUUAUUGUGUUGGAUGAUUUUCCUGCUCAGAAAGUUGAGGAGCUUAAGUCAUUUGCAAAAACUAAAACUCAGAUUCAACCUUCAAUUAAUCCUAAUAUCAUCACUCAACCAUCUUCCACACUGAUUAUUGGAGAACCAACAAUUGCUAGAAAAGCUUCACUUCUUCGAUUCAUGGAAAAGAGGAAAGAUAGAGUUACUUCCAAAUCACCAUACUCUAAACCAAGCAAUCCAUCUCUGAUGCAGUAAAGCCUGCUAAUCCAUUACAUGGCUUGUGUUAGGUGCUAAAUAAUUGUAAAUACUAGGGCAAUCACAGUUUUAAGUAGAUUCAACUUCUUUUUUUGUUUAUAUUUUCUAUGGGCCUCUCAGCUAAUUCUCUCUUUCUGUCAUUUUAUAUAUAUUGUAGAUCUAACGUAGUCUAUUAGCUGAGGGCUCUUUUUAUGAUUAUAAAUAAAUAAAUAUUUCCUAUAAUUAGUUUUUUUCA